GAAGGUAUGAGCUUCCAGAAGAGACAUGGAAAGUUAUCGUCCUCCCAAAAGUAGAAGACCCCGCAGCUGUGUUAGAGGCUAAAAAGAAGGAACUUGAGAAGCUCCAGGAAAAGUUGGCUAAAGUCCAAGGUCAGAUUGCUAAAGCGCGAGCUGCUCAUCCUGCUCGAGUGGACGAAUUAAAGAUCGAGCUGGACAGGUCACCUUCACCUUCAUCACCUGGUCAACAAGUACCCAUGGAUACGCCAUCGCCGCCUUCCACACCUGGAUCGUCCGCUCCUAUCCCCAGUGAGAAGGACACGCCCGAAUCAUCAUCAAGAUCUCCAGAUCUAGAUGAAGAUCUUGCUAUGGCCAUGAGGCUUCAACAGGAAGAAGAUGGCCUUCUCUUGCAACCCCGGGUGGAGUUCUCCGAGGAUGAUAUGGAUGAACAUGAUGACGACUUUGGAAAUGAAAAGAAACGAAGUAGAAUCUCGAAGGGAAAGCACGCAAAGCGAAAAUGACGGCAUCGCGCCUCAUGUAUUACACACAAUAACCUUUACAGCAACCCCCACGCAGCACCACACACAGUCUGAUUUUCAAUCACCCAAGGUGGUUCAAAUGAUAUUCUC